AUGUUCACACCCCUGGGAAAGUUUUCCGCCAUUGUGCCAUGCCCCAAGGGCGAAGAGUGCUCUCUCCUGAACUGCUUGUUUUCUCACAAGCCCGGCGAUCAGCCAACAGCCGAGAACAACUUAUCAGUCCUUCCGCAGAUACAGGAUUAUGAGGGCCAACGCACGCCAAAAAGAAUAAAAGUCGAGCAAGAACCCACUGAAAUUUUGAUGACCGAUUUGAAGAAGAGUCUGAACAAUGUUUCCCGGCCUCCCUCGAGAGUUGAUGCUGUGGCGUCUCCAUCGGCUAGCAGCUCCAAACCUGCCGAGCCUGCAGCUACUCCUGCUCCGGCCAGUGUUUCUGCUCCGGCCAGUGCCUCUGCCUCCGAUGGGGUUUCGACCAAGUUACCCCCCCCGAAUUGUACCCAAAGAGAGUCUUAA